AUGAAAAAGGAUGCACUUUGGAUCAAAUGGAUACAUGCUAUGUACAUAAAGAAGGAAGACUUUACGGAGAUGCAGACACCAAGACAAGCUAGUUGGUUAGUCAAGAAGAUCUUUGAUAUUAGGGAUUGGUACAAGGAGAUAGAAACAGUUGCAAACAUAGAUAAAUUCUGUGUGAAAGGCAAAUUCAGCAUUCACAAGAUACUCACUACUGUGGAUCGACUUGCAAAAUGGGGGAUUCAAGUUGAUCAAGAUUGUGUAUUAUGUAAGAGAAGACAGACUGAAAAUAUGGAACACAUAUACUUUGAAUGUCAAUAUACAAAGUAUAUUUGGAGCAAGCUGGUUUGGAUGGGAGAAAAUCACCAGAUAGGCACAUGGCUUGAAGAGGUUACUUGGAUGAGUAAAAGAGCAAGAAGUGGUCGAGCCCAAAACAACAUGCUGGUCUUCUUGUUUGCAGCAGUAAUGUAUCAAGUGUGGACAGAAAGGAAUAUGAGAAGAUUUCAAGGGAAGGAGAAGGAAGCAGAGCGAAAGGUUAGAGACAUUGUCCUCCAAGUUCAUAUAAAAGGACAGCAAAAUGCGAAGUGGAAGAAGAGACUUGAGCAGCUGAAUAGUUUCCCAUAG